GCUAUGUCACGUAGUUUCAAAGAAUGUGGAAGUGAUGAAGCUAGAGAUGAUGAUGAUGAUCCAGACAUUUGCUCUCAUUGUGCCACCGAUGGGAAACAGCAACCAGCAUUAUACUUCUGUUUUAAUUGUGGCGUGUAUGGUAGAUACAUGUGUGGCAUUUGCCUGAGGCAACACAACCGGUUUGUGAAGAACCAUGAGAUAGAAAAAAUUGCAAAUAAAUCAGCCUCUAAUAGAUUAGAUUAUGAGAACAUGAAGACAAUGAAAGUUGAAAAAGAUCUUAAAUCCAAAGAGGCAGAGGUAAUGCAGUUUAAGGAACAAGUAAAUGAAUUAUCAAAGGAAAAUCAAUGCCAGCAAACAAGAAUCAAUGAAUUUGAAACUGCUUGUAGAAAUUUAGAAAACGAAAAGAUCAAAGGUGGAUAAAUGGCGAUUAUAAUAUUGAGCACUUUCAAAAUAUUUUAAAAGACGACAACACGAAUGCUGCUGAUGAGUACAAAAAGCUCUUGGAAAAACAAGAUACUUUACAAGACAAAUUAGAUUAUGAGAACAUGAAGACAAUGAAAGUUGAAAAAGAUCUUAAAUCCAAAGAGGCAGAGGUAAUGCAGUUAAAGAAACAAGUCAAUGAAUUAGCAAAGGAAAAUCAAUGCCAGCAAACAAGAAUCAAUGAAUUGGAAACUGCUUGUAAACCCUUAGAAAAUGAACAGAUCCAUUGUGAUGAAAUGGCGACUAGAAAUAUAGAGCACUUGCAAAACAUUCUUAAAGACGGAAAAAAGACAGCUGCUGAUGAGUACAAAAAGCUAUCACCAAAACAGGACUCUUUACAAGAAAGGUA